GGAAGUAGCUUCAAACAAAAGCUAAAGAAAACUCGGGAUCAGCUUCUGCAUCAUUUCGCCAUACUGUACCUGCAGUCCCACCGAAAGCGCCGUCCUUUCUCUGUCCUUUUCCGAAAUAUUAUCCACCCCUGCCUCUCUCUGUCUCUCUCUCUGUCUCUCCUUUCGCUAAAGCUCUCGGCUUUCGCCUCCAUAUUAUUCUUCCUCCAUGUUGCUUUUUCCCCUUUCGUUGCUGGCCCCGUGAAGUUCAGAUCUGUGGGGCGGUUUGAGCCUGGACGUUUGAAGAGAAGUUCAGUCCAUCCUGAGAAGGACAAGUUGCAGCAGCGUCUUUCCCACUAUGUUGGGCCAGAGAGGUUAGAGUCAAGAGGUGGGAUUUGGGUGAAAGGGAAGCCUUUUGGUGUGAAUUGUCAGCGUGGGUAUGUAGAGUUUUAUGCACUGGGGAGACAAAUUCUUUUUUAGAAUUUUCUCAAAUCGGUGGAGUUCUGUGAAUCUUUUCUCCUGUGCUGCUGUACAUCAGCAUCGUUGUUGGGUACUCCUCCAUUCGGGUUUUUCUUGGAUUUGAAAGAUUGUCGCUGGUGGGUUUUCGAGGGGAAUGCAGAUGGGAAAGUUGGCAACUUUGGUUUUGCUCUAUGCAGUGUCCUUCUGGUCAAUGGUUGGAACUGGGGAAGCCCAGUUGAAGACUGUCCUGAUAAAUUGCGGCACGAAUUCUGGCGUUGAUGUUGAUGGCAGGAGAUGGGUUGGUGACUUGGCCGCUAACAACAAUCUCACCAUUAGUCCCGCUCCGGUGGCCGACCCCGCGGCGAUGAGCGGGAAUACUUCCUUAGGUCCGAUCUACGAAUCCGCCCGUGUUUUCUCAGGUGGAUUGAACUAUACCUUUCAACAAGUCCAGGGGGACUAUUUCCUCCGGCUUCAUUUCUGCCCGUUCGCCUUGGACAAUCACAAUGUGAAUGAAUCCGUGUUCGAUGUCGCGGCGAACGGUUUGGGACUGCUGUCGCAAUACAGUGUUUCGACCGAUAUCGCGACCAAGAACAUGGAAUUGCAGCGUUCGGGAAGCAACAUUUCAUCCUAUCUGAUCAAGGAGUUCUUCCUCUCCAUCGGUUCGAACGAGCUCGUCGUCGAGUUUCUUCCAUCGAAAGGGUCGUUCGGGUUCAUAAACGGACUAGAAUUGGUGGCGUCGGAGGAUAACCUGUUUGCCGGCGCAAUCAGUAAAGUUGGAGGGAAUAGCGCGAAUUUGAAUGUGAGCGGACGGGGUAUGGAAACAAUGUACAGAUUGAAUGUUGGGGGAUCUCGUAUCAAUCCCAGUGAAGAUCCGGAUCUCCAGAGGACAUGGGAGGUCGAUACCGGCUACAUGACCAACGUCGACGCCGGCUCUCAAAUCAGAAACAAUUCGAACAUUACUUAUGCAUCGUCCAACGACUCGUCGGUAGCUCCCCUUCGCGUGUAUGAGACGGCGAGGACCAUGUCCAACAACCAAGUUCUUGAGAAGAGGUUCAACAUGUCGUGGAAGGUCACGGUGGAUCCGGGCUUCGACUACCUGAUCCGGUUACAUUUCUGCGAGCUGCUCUUCGGACAGCCCAACCAGAGGAACUUCAGGAUCUACGUGAACAACAGGACCGCGGCCGAUAACUUCGAUAUCUAUGCCCGAGCCGGAGGGAAGAACAGAGCGUAUCACCAGGACUAUUUGGACGCGGUCUCGUCGAGGGUCAACACGCUGUGGAUUCAACUCGGGCCCGACACGGCCACCGGGGCGUCCGGAACCGAUGCUCUGUUGAACGGUCUGGAGAUAUAUAAGCUGAGCCGAAACGGAAAUCUUGCCUAUGUAGUUGCAUCCAAUCCAGCUCAAAACACGGCGAACAAUUCGAAAGCUCGUGUUCUCUUGGUUGGAAUCGGAGCCGGCGUAGGCUCUGUACUGAUCCUUGCAUUCGUAGCUACUAUCGUCUUCCUCCUGUGGAGAAGGCGGAGUCGCAAGAACGGCGGUAAAAACAACGCCCCUGGGUGGCGGCCGCUCUUCCUUCACGGGGCCUCAUUGAAUACCGCUAAUGCCAAGGAAGCGGCGGGAACCAAAAACCAGUUCGGAUCUGUCGCCUCGACGAGAUUGGAGAGGCGAUUUACGGUAGCAGAAAUUAGAGCGGCGACGAAGAACUUCGAUGAGAAUAUGGUCAUUGGAGUAGGGGGUUUCGGAAAGGUGUACAGAGGCGAAAUCGAAGACGGCACCCUCGCCGCCAUCAAGCGCGCCCAUCCUCAGUCGCAGCAAGGCCUUGCUGAAUUCGAGACGGAGAUCGAGAUGCUCUCGAAGCUGAGGCAUAGGCAUCUGGUUUCCAUGAUCGGGUUCUGCGAGGAACAGAACGAGAUGAUCCUGGUGUACGAGUACAUGGCCAACGGAACUCUGCGAAGCCAUCUCUUCGGCAGUGAUCUUCCGCCGUUGAGCUGGAGGCGGCGGCUGGAGGUCUGCAUCGGAGCUGCGCGAGGACUGCAUUACCUUCAUACCGGAGCCGACCGAGGAAUAAUCCAUAGGGAUGUCAAGACGACCAACAUUCUGCUCGACGAGAACUUCGUGGCGAAGAUGUCGGAUUUCGGAUUGUCGAAGACAGGUCCUGCCCUGGAACACACCCAUGUUAGCACUGCAGUGAAAGGGAGCUUCGGAUACCUCGACCCUGAGUACUUCCGGCGACAGCAGUUGACGCAAAAGUCCGAUGUGUACUCUUUCGGGGUCGUGCUAUUCGAAGUCGUCUGUGCUCGGGCUGUCAUAAAUCCGAGCUUACCGAAGGAUCAGAUAAACCUUGCCGAAUGGGCUUUACGAUGGCAACGGGAGAGAUCGCUCGAGACCAUCAUCGACCCGCGUCUCAGGGGACAGUAUUCGCCGGAGUCGAUGAAGAAGUUCGGGGAGAUAGCAGAGAAGUGUCUCGCCGACGAGGGGAAGUGCCGGCCGACCAUGGGAGAGGUUCUGUGGCACCUGGAGUACGUCUUGCAGCUCCACGACGCCUGGCUGCGAGCGAACGACGAAGGAAGUUCCUCCCUCCACGUCGAGAGUUCGGAAGAUCGCCAGGCGGGAGGAGGCAGCGGCGGCGGCGUGGAGGAGAGACGAAACCCGCUGUUUACAGCGGAGGGGAACGGUGAAUCCGCCGCCGGAGAUGAUUAGAGAGGAGGGUUUCCACCGGGCAAGGAGUACAGACCGCGUAUCUUAUUACAUUCUUUUAUACGUUAUUCACUAUUCAUUCCAAUUCGUUCCGCUUAAAUUCCAGAGCACCUGUAAGCGCUCCUAAUUGAACAUGUUCUAAGAAUCUCGGCCUGAGGAGGGUUCGAGUCGUAAGAAAACCGAGAGUUUUCGCGCGUAAUCUAUUGAUUUUCUUGCAUUUGAUCUUUCGAUCAUCGGUUCAUGUCUGAUUCAGUGC